AUGGAGCCGGGCAUCUGCUAUAUAAAGCCAGAAUAUCAAGUAGCUGAGGCCAAUGCUGGCAGGGAGGAAACAGCUCCAGACAACGGCGACAGCUCCAAGAGAAAGCGUGAGGAUGGGGAUUCAAAUGAAGCCGGCGAAAGAAAGAAGUGGAACAAGAAGGAGCGCAAGAGGGGCCAGAACAAGAAUCGCCCCGUGUUCAAGGAUGAGAGGUACUCACAUCUCUGCCACUCUCUGAUGGAGGGUACGGGCGGAGAACCAUGCUCCUUGGCCAACUGUCGCUACGUUCACGAUCUGGAUGAGUAUUUGGCGGCAAAGGGCGAGGAUCUGGGCACGGAAUGCUAUGUGUUCAACACAAAGGGAUAUUGUGCUAGGGGGGUCAGCUGCCGCUUUGCCAAGGCCCACACGGAUGACAAAGGGAGGAAUAUAAAAAAGGAAGGCUAUGACGAGAGUGCUAGCCAGACUACUUUCAAUGGAAUAAGUUCAGAUCUCCAGGUGCGUCUUCGCAAGCAUGACUACGAUUUUAGACGCAGCAAGGAACUCAUUAAACAGGCAGAGAAGCUCCGCGAUGAACGAAAGCAACAGCUCCAAUCAGACAAGGACAAAAAAGAAGUAUCUGAAGAAGGAAAAGCUUCAUGUGAAGAGUCUCAGGAUAAGAUUAAGCCACCAGAAUCAAAUAAUGAGCCGUCUACAGAGACACCCUCUUCUGUGGCCAAUAGCAACCAAAUUGGCUGCAUUAUCGAUGAUACUCCCACCGGACGAGAUGCUUUACGGAAAGCUGCUGUCGAUUUCAGAGAGAAACUUGUCCUGUCACCUCUAACCACCGUGGGAAAUCUGCCAUUUCGACGUAUCUGCAAAGAGUUCGGUGCAGACAUCACCUGUGGCGAAAUGGCAUGUGCCCUGCCUCUGGUCAAAGGAAUGGGGCAAGAGUGGGCUUUGACUAAACGCCACCAGAGCGAGGAUGUGUUCGGUGUGCAGCUGUGUGGAAACAAUCCAAACAUUAUUAACCAGGCUGCUCAGUUGAUUGAGGAGACGGCGAAGGUGGACUAUAUAGACUUGAAUAUAGGCUGUCCUAUCGACUUGAUCUAUCAGCAGGGCGGGGGUAGUGCUCUCAUGCGGCGCACCAACAUCCUGGAGUUGACUGUCCGCAGUUGCUCGGCUAUGUCGGAAAGGUUGCCGUUCACUGUCAAGAUGCGUACCGGGAUAUACGCGGACAAGAGCGUGGCUCAUGAGCUACUACCUCUGGUUGAGGAGUGGGGCGCAUCUGCCGUAACGCUGCAUGGCCGCUCUAGGGAACAGCGCUACACAAAGCACGCGAAUUGGAACUACAUUGAAGAAUGUGCCGCUAAAGCCAAGGGGAUUCCAGUCAUUGGUAAUGGCGACAUUCUUAGCUACGAGGAUUACCUCGAGCGCCGAACACUGGCUCCACAUGUAAGCUCGGUUAUGAUUGGGCGCGGGGCGCUCAUCAAACCAUGGAUCUUCCAGGAGAUCAAGGAGCAGAAGGCUUGGGCUCCAUCAUCCAGUCAACGGUUCGAGCUGAUGCGCAAGUUUUGUGACUAUGGUCUGGAACACUGGGGCUCUGAUACCAAGGGUGUGGAGACAACGCGACGCUUUCUCUUGGAGUGGCAGUCAUUUCUGUACCGAUAUAUACCCGAGGAACUGCAGCAGGCGCCGCCCCAAAAGAUCAAUGCUCGGCCGCAGAAGUACCGUGGCCGUGACGAAAUGGAGACGCUAAUGAGUUCCGGCAAUGCGUCCGACUGGGUGAAGCUCAGCGAAUCCUUACUAGGUCCCGUUCCCGAGGGCUUCACUUUUGUGCCUAAGCACAAGGCGAACGCUUUCUAAAACCGCCUUUAAAUAAAACUUUUAGUAAGAGAAUUUUAUAAGAAUUACUUGGAUGAUUCAGUAAAGUAGCAAUAACGGAUUUUCAGACUUUUGUUAAAUGUUUCUCAAAAUAAAUAUUUACUUUAUGAUUA